CCUGCCCCCUCCCUGCCACACAGACGUUCUCCCUCAAGGGAGCUGGGCCCUUGACACGGGACACAGAGGAGAUCCUGCUAAGCGGGAUGGGGGCCGCUGGCCCCAGCAGGUGCCCUACAGCCUGCUAGCCCCCAUGGGGGUGGCCCGCGUUCUGCGGCGCCUAAGCGGCGUCCCCUCCUCUGCCGAGGAGGACCAGGGUGAGGGGGGCGGCUUGGCAGCCUGCCGCAAUGGGCGCUCUCCGGGGGGCGUCGAAGUGGGCCUGGGGCCCCGGCGGAGGGGCCGCUUCGUCAAGAAAGACGGCCACUGCAACGUCCGCUUCGUCCACCUGGGGGAGCACGGGGCGCGCUACCUCAGCGACCUGUUCACCACCUGCGUGGACGUCCGCUGGCGCUGGAUGUGUCUCUUCUUCUCCUGUUCUUUCGUGGCCUCCUGGCUCCUCUUCGGCCUGGCCUUCUGGCUCAUCGCUUCUCUGCACGGGGACCUGGCCGCGCCCCCGCCGCCCGCGCCCUGCUUCUCCCAGGUGGGCAGCUUCCUGGCCGCCUUCCUCUUCGCCCUGGAGACCCAGACGUCCAUCGGCUACGGGGUGCGCAGCGUGACCGAGGAGUGCCCGGCCGCGGUGGUGGCCGUGGUCCUGCAGUGCAUAGCAGGCUGUGUGCUGGACGCCUUCGUGGUGGGCGCCAUCAUGGCCAAGAUCGCCAAGCCCAAGAAGCGUAACGAGACGCUGGUGUUCAGCGAGAACGCCGUGGUGGCACUGCGAGACCACCGCCUCUGCCUCAUGUGGCGGGUGGGUAACCUGCGGCGCAGUCACCUGGUGGAGGCCCAUGUCCGGGCCCAGCUGCUCCAGCCUCGAGUUACCCCAGAAGGCGAGUACAUCCCCCUGGAUCACCAGGAUGUGGACGUGGGGUUCGAUGGGGGUACAGACCGCAUUUUCCUGGUGUCUCCUAUCACCAUCGUUCACGAGAUCGACGCUUCGAGCCCGCUGUACGAGAUGGGCCGGGCCGAGCUGGCCAGAGCGGACUUUGAGCUGGUGGUCAUCCUGGAGGGCAUGGUGGAGGCCACAGCCAUGACCACCCAGUGUCGUUCGUCCUACCUGCCUGGCGAGCUGCUGUGGGGUCACCGCUUUGAGCCCGUGCUCUUCCAGAGAGGAGCCCAGUAUGAAGUGGACUAUCGGCACUUUCACCGAACCUAUGAGGUGCCAGGGACCCCUGUCUGCAGUGCGCGGGAGCUGGACGAGAGACGGGCCCUGGGGGACAGUGACAGCCCUGGGCCCAAGGGGGGCCUGCCGGGCUCCCUGGCUGCCUUCUGCUAUGAAAACGAGGUGGCCCUCAGCUGCUGCCAGGAGGAGGAGGAGGUGGAGGAGGAGAGGGGUGAGGCCCAGCUGGAGGCCAGCCCCAGGGCCUCCACCCCACCCCCACCCCCAUCCCCUGAAUUGGCCCCACCCCCUUGA